AAAACACAGCCCCCAAAUUUACCGACCAAAGCUUUUCGGCUCUGAAAAUGGCGCCUGUGAGAACCACAGGCGCUGUUGUUGCCGCCAUCGCUGUCUCUGUGGCCUUGUUUUCUCUCUUCCUCUGCAACCAUAAAUCCAAGCCUUCCUCCAAAAAGACCAAACUUUCCCUCCCUUCAAAGAAGAAUACAAGAACUGGGCUUGUCGAUGCCAUUGGCAAUACCCCUCUGAUUCGCAUCAACAGCCUCUCUGAUGCCACUGGUUGUGAAAUACUUGGGAAGUGUGAGUUUCUGAACCCGGGAGGGAGUGUCAAAGAUAGAGUUGCUGUCAAAAUUAUUGAAGAGGCUUUGGAAUCUGGAAAACUUGCUCCUGGGGGAGUAGUAACUGAGGGGAGUGCUGGAAGUACUGCCAUUAGUCUUGCUACAGUUGCCCCUGCCUAUGGUUGCAAAUGCCAUGUGGUUAUCCCAGAUGAUGCUGCUAUCGAGAAGUCCCAAAUACUUGAAGCCCUGGGAGCCACUGUUGAAAGGGUACGACCAGUAUCAAUUACACACAGAGACCAUUUUGUCAAUAUUGCAAGGCGGCGGGCUUCGGAAGCAAACGAGCUAGCUUCAAAAGACUUAGAAUCUGGCCAAAUGAAUGGCAAAGACCUGGAGCAAAUUAAUGGUUUUGGUUCUGGUGGAGAGAAACAUACUUCAUUUUCCUUGAGCAAUUGUAAAGGCGGCUUCUUUGCUGAUCAGUUUGAAAAUCUAGCAAACUUCAGGGCCCACUACGACGGUACUGGGCCAGAGAUUUGGGAACAGACCGGAGGAAAGUUAGAUGCAUUUGUGGCUGCAGCAGGAACUGGUGGCACUGUGGCUGGUGUUUCCAAGUAUCUCCAGGAAAUGAAUCCAAAAAUCAGGUCCUUCCUUGUAGAUCCUCCCGGUUCUGGUUUGUUUAACAAGGUGACAAGGGGAGUGAUGUAUACUAAAGAGGAGGCUGAAGGACGAAGGCUAAAGAAUCCUUUUGACACGGUAACUGAAGGCAUUGGAAUAAAUAGGUUAACUCAAAACUUUUUGAUGGCAAAACUAGAUGGGGCUUUCCGGGGGACAGAUAUUGAAGCUGUUGAGAUGUCAAGGUUCCUUUUAAAGAAUGAUGGUCUCUUCUUGGGGAGUUCGUCAGCCAUGAAUUGUGUUGGGGCUGUCAGAGUGGCACAGUCGAUUGGUCCCGGUCACACUAUUGUAACGAUAUUGUGCGAUAGUGGAAUGAGACAUUUGAGCAAGUUUUACAGUGAUGAGUAUCUAUCUCAGUUUGGUUUGACUCCCAAGGCAAAUGGAUUAGAGUUUUUGGGUGUCCAGUAGCAUUAUGCAGGGGCUUUCUGUUGACAAAUUUUUCCUACAGAUUAAUACAGAAAGCCUGUUAUAUGACAAACUGGUUGAUUCAAAUUUUUUACCAGGGGUGUAUUCUGAAGCAGUGACGUUUCAGCAGCAAAAUUUUGUAUGACCAUUUUUCUAUUCACAUUUUUCCACAGAUUAUAUAUUUUGAAGCUCAGAAGAAGCAAAAUACGAAGGUUAUUAUUAGUACA